AUGACCGCUCGGCAGCUGAUUCACCACGCCCGAGAUCCAACCUCUCCAUCCCAGAACAGAGGCAGGGCAACAGCGAUCGGCAGAAUCCCUGGGACGAGUCCCGGCUUCGGCUCCUUCCUCGAUGCGAAAGACGGCUCGCACGAACACCGUCCACAACUCCCUCUCGCGAUCCCUCGUGGGUUCGUGACUCUGCAAAGCCGCGUCUAUAUCUCCGAAAGUCUGAUGGCGCUGCUAAGCAGGACUUCGUGCUUCGAUUUCAUCAGCCAGGGCACGGAGACCAGGCUGCAGCAAUUGCUGGUGGACCUGACGUUUCGGUCUCACGAGCAAACAGCCGCUGGCGCUUGCGACUCUCCGUUGCAAGACUACCUCCGCAUCGCAUGCAUCUCCAUGUCCAUUUACCAGGGCCAGCAUACCGAUGCCGCCGUGUUCGCCAGGGACGACAGAUAUCAGAGAGGCCUGGAAGCGGCGUGGUCCGAGGCAUGGCUCCUCGACCGGAAUGCGCUGCGGACGCCGCAGUCGGCAGAAGCAUCGUUGUGGGCGGUCUUCAUCAUCAGCGUUACCACCGGCACCAGCAGCAACCUCUUCCGCCCGCUGCUUUGUACUUUGCUGCAGGACCUUCACUUGUCCAGCUGGGUCGAGGUCCGGAGCGUGCUCUUGGGCUUCAUCUACCCUGUCAGCUUAUUUGAUGGGCCUUGCAGAAUGCUCUAUGAUGCUCUGUUCUGA